GUCUCCUUCACUGCUUGCACGGUCCCCUACACGAAACACUCUGCCUUCCUAAAAAACCAAGAUGUUCGCCAUCCGCCACGCCGCCCGCUCCAGCGCGCCCGCCUUCCGUGCGGCGCCCCGCGCUGCCCCGUCCGCGCGCAUCUCCCGGCCGCUCGUCCGGACACUCGUCACGAAGAAGUACACUGAAGAUCACGAGGCGGUCGUGUUCGACGACCAGACGCAGCUCGGGACGGUGUCUAUUACGGACUACGCGCAGUCGAGUCUGGGCGACGUUGUGUACGUCGAGCUUCCCACUACGGGUACGGAGAUCGCGCAGGGUGACCAGAUUGGUGCGGUAGAGAGCGUGAAGGCCGCCUCUGACAUCUUUGCUCCGGUCUCCGGAACGGUCGAGGAGAUCAACGAGACCUUGAACGACCAGCCCGGUCUGCUCAACAAGUCCCCCGAAGUGAAGGGGUGGUUGUGCAAGAUCAAGCUCAGUGAUCCGUCCGAGCUCGGGAAGCUCAUGUCGGAAGAGGAGUACAAGAAGCACUGCGAAUCUGACCACUGAGGACGUUCGUUUUGACUGUGCUUCAUGACUUCGGCAUCAACUGCCGCAUGUGAAGGGGGUUCGGGGGAUGGGUCGAUACUUAGACACAAACUUAGCACGUAUGCCCAUAGCGGGGCACGUAAUGAAGGGAUCUUAACAUCCAAAUGCGCC